GGAUUAUUCAAGUUUGUCGCCGUCAAAACGAAACACCAACACAAGUUCCGACCAAACUGGGAUUCUGUUAUCACUUUGGUCUCUGCUCUUCUGAUGUAUACGAAGUUAUCAUUGUUCCCCAGAAAGAGUUCUUCACUACUCUCCAUAGCCAACGAGAAAAGGAUCCAUCAAUUUCUGAGGAAUCUCUGCACGGCUGUUGAAAGGUUAGAUUUUGGAAACUCUAAUGAUUCGUCAGAAAUGAACCCUAGAGAAGGGUAUAAUGGACGAAUCCAGAACCGAACUGGGAGCUCUGGGGAAGUUAGUGAAAGUAUUCACACACAAAGUCAGAGUCUGGGUUCGAAUCAGGGAAGAAAUGAGCAGUCAUGGAAGCAGAGUCCUAGUUUGUCUAAUUCUCAAGUCCAAUCUCAAUAUCAAGGCAAUUGGUACGGGACAAACUCUGAUUAUCAGAAUGGUGUAGGAUCGUCUUGGCAUUCAGGUAAGACUAUUGAUCGCGAGGUAUAUGACAUGAUUAUGGAAUUUGAUGAAUAUUGCAUACAAGAGAAUGUAAGAGUGGCCUUAACGACUAUGGAAAAACUGGAGAAGAAGGGUUAUGUUAUGGAUUUUGUUAGACUCUUAAAGUUAACACAGCUAUGUAGGGAAGGAAAUGUUUAUUACGAAGUCAGUGUUUUAGAAGAAGCCAAGGUUUCUGUUCUAGCGAAGAUCAGAGCUUUAGUUAACAAUUUAGAAGCGAAUUAUUUGAAGUAUUAUACUGACAUCAUGAUUGAGGAAUAUGAUGCAUUUUGCAAACACGGUAAAGUGAAAAAAGCGUUGUAUACUAUAGAUAUAUUGGCAAGUAUGAAUUAUGUUGUGGAUUUGAGUAGACUUUUACGGUUAGCGAAGAUUUGUGGGGAAGCAGAGGGUUUACAAGAGGCCAAGACUGUUCAUGGGAAGAUUAGUGCUUCCGUUAGCCAUUUAGAUUUGAGUUCUAACCAUGUAUUGUUAGAAAUGUACUCAAACUGUGGGUUGGCGAAUGAAGCAGCGAGUGUUUUUGAGAAAAUGUCUGAGAAGAAUUUAGAGACUUGGUGCAUUAUAAUAAGAUGUUUUGCAAAGAAUGGUUUUGGGGAAGACGCUAUUGAUAUGUUUAGUCGCUUUAAAGAAGAAGGAAAUAUACCUGAUGGUCAAUUAUUUAGAGGAAUAUUCUAUGCUUGUGGUAUGCUAGGUGAUGUUGAUGAGGGACUAUUACACUUUGAGUCAAUGUCCAGAGACUACGGCAUUGCCCCUUCCAUUGAAGACUAUGUAAGCCUCGUUGAGAUGUAUGCGUUACCCGGAUUUUUAGAUGAGGCUUUGGAAUUUGUGGAGAGAAUGCCGAUGGAGCCAAAUGUUGAUGUUUGGGAAACAUUGAUGAAUCUUUCUCGAGUUCAUGGGAAUUUAGAACUUGGAGACUACUGUGCUGAGGUUGUUGAAUUUUUAGAUCCUACACGGUUGAACAAACAAUCUCGGGAAGGAUUUAUACCGGUUAAGGCAUCAGAUGUUGAGAAAGAGAGUCUAAAGAAAAGGUCAGGAAUUCUUCACGGAGUCAAAAGUAGUAUGCAGGAAUUUAGGGCAGGGGAUACCAAUCUUCCUGAGAAUGAUGAACUGUUCCAGCUAUUGAGGAAUUUAAAGAUGCAUAUGGUGGAAGUGGGCUAUGUCGCUGAAACAAGAAUGGCUUUGCAUGAUAUAGACCAAGAGAGUAAAGAGACAUUACUUCUUGGUCAUAGCGAGAGAAUAGCUUUUGCUCGUGCUGUUCUCAACAGCGCCCCCCGUAAACCUUUCACUGUGAUCAAAAACCUUCGUGUGUGUGUUGAUUGUCAUAACGCAUUGAAGAUCAUGUCAGAUAUAGUUGGUAGAGAAGUGAUCACGCGAGAUAUAAAGAGAUUCCACCAAAUGAAAAACGGGGCUUGCACCUGUAAAGAUUAUUGGUGAUUAACGACAAACCUUGAGGAUGGAAAAACAUAAAGCAAAGAGUCACAAAGACAAAUUUGUAUCAUAAGCAGCAACUUUUCGACCACGUCUCUUUUUUUCCAGGCAUUUAUACCGUGGAGCUGCCAUAUUGUUGUCAUAGAUCUAUCUCAUUUCUCUUGUCCAUUUGAUCCAGUUUUUGUUUGUGUCCAGGUUAUGAUAAACUAUACCCUAAAUGCUAUUGUUUUUCUGAGUAAUAUUAUCAAAUGUUUGUUGGUUUGGAUUUGUGAGGAAGAUAGGAAUAGGAUGAUGUUUGGAACAGUCCAACUAAGGUCUUACUUUGUUCUUCUGAUGCAUCGUGUAAAGUGUUCUAGGCCUGUGCAUAGAAACACUUAAAAAAAAGUAGUGGGUCAACUUCAAAAAGUCUUUUGAGUUAUAUAAACCUUCAAAAAGUAGGCAUGAAUGUGUUGUCACACAUGAUUGAUGUACUCAAACCCAAGUUAUUUAAUUAAUCGUUAUUCCAAAUUUUUUUUUUGUCUAGUUUUGAAAUGUUUAAAAAUAAUGUAUGUUUAAUAUUUUUAUGUAA